AUGCCAAGCCCAAACCUAAUCUCUUGGACAAGCACCAUAUCCUCAUUCCUUCAAGCCGGCAGAGCCAAUCUCGCACUGCAAGAAUUCUUCGCAAUGUGCAAUUCAGGCCUAAAGCCGAACGAAUUUGGCCUUUCUUUGGCGCUCAAAGCCUCUCGCAUCGCUUCCAAACCAAACAUAGGAAAACUAGUCCAUGGCUAUUCCAUUAAGUCAGGCUUCGAAUCCUAUGCAUAUUGUAGUACCUCUAUUCUUGACAUGUACUCUAAGUUCGGUAUCAUGAGCGAUGCUCGAAUGUUUUUCCAUUCUAUCCCACAAAAAUGUGAUGCUCUUUGGAAUACGUUGAUUGAUGGGUAUGCUCGAUACAGUGAUGAGAAUGAGGCUGUUGGGUUGUUUCAUCAGAUGCUACUCUCUUCACUUGAUCCGAAUAGUUUCACUUACACAAUUCUUAUUAAGUUAUCGGCCAAUGCAGUUGACAUUGGUUUGUUGAGGUUUUUUCAUGGAAGAAGUAUAAAGAUUGGGCUAGAUUGUUACAAUUUUGUGGGUGGAGCUAUUGUUGAUUCUUAUGGAAAAUGGGGUGAAUUAGAUGAUUCCGUGAGAAGUUUUUGGAGUCUAGAGGAGCGAGAUCAUGUAGUGUGGACUUCAUUAUUAUCUGGUUUUCGUGACAAUGGUGAUGCAGAACGAGGCAUUGAUUUUUAUCUUAGGUAUGUUUCAGAAGGUAACACAGUCGACCAAUUUAUGUUUGCUAGUGUACUCAAUUUGUGCUCAGAUUUGCAAAGUAGAGAUUUUGGCUUGCAAGUGCAUUCUUGCUUGGCGAAGACUCCAUUAUUGGUUGAUUCGUUUGUUAGAACUGCACUCAUAGACAUGUAUGUUAGUUUUGGAAUGGUCGAUGAUGCUUAUAGAAGUUUCCUUGAAAUCGGGGAGAAAAAUGAGGUGAUAUUUAGUGCUAUGAUCAAGGGUUUUGUUUCUACUUCAGACUACAGCAAUGCAGUAAAAUUGGUAUAUGAAAUGAGAAAACUAGGAUUACCAUUAGAUUGUUCAACGAUAAGUUGCAUGAUUAAAGCUUUGACAAGCCAUGAGCUCUUCGACGAAGUUAAAACUUUUCAUGGUCAGAUUCUUAAAUCAAUAGAUGGAUCUAAUUUUGUUGUAGGAAACAAUCUCAUUGAAAUGUACUCAAAGCGUAGAGAUGUUCAUAGUGCAGAGAAGGUUUUCAUGUCGAUGGAAGUUCUUAACGAGUUUUCAUGGACUGCGUUAAUAUCUGGCUACAAUGAAUCUGAAGACUUUGUGGAAUCCCUGAAAUUAUAUCAGAAAAUGAAAUCUUCAAGCUCUGUAGAACCAAAUGAAUUCACUCUUGUUGCUGUUCUAUAUGCCAUCUCUAAGCUUCAAGAUGUAUGCAAAGGAAAGCAAAUCCACAGUUACAUCAUCAAGAAAGGGUUUCAGUCUCAUGCCUACAUCGAAUCUGCGCUUAUAGGAUUAUACUCAAAUUGUGGUUGUCUAAACGAUGCAUAUCGAAUAUUUUCAACAAUGUCAAAGAGAGAUCUUGUGUCAUGGGGUUAUAUGAUAUCCUCAUAUGCACAGCAAGGGCAUGGAUACAAAGCUCUAAAGCUCCUGUCAAAGCAUGAAAAAGGUCCUAUUGCCAUUGAUGAAUCCAUCUUCUCUAGCUGCCUUUCAGCUUGUUCUAGCUUGACAUCACUAGAAAUGGGUAAAACAAUUCAUUCUUGUACAAUCAAAACUGGAUUCGAAUCCAAUAUACAGGUUGAAGCAGCGAUUAUUGAUAUGUAUUGUAAAUGUGGGUGCGUCAAAGAAGCAAGAAAAAUUUUCAAUGAAAUCAAGAAUCACAGUGUUAUAUCAUAUACAUCAAUGAUCUGUGGCUAUGCCCAGCAUGGGUUCGGUAAAGAAGCUCUAGAAAUGUUCAAUGCAAUGAAAAUGCACGAAAUUGAGCCAGACGAAGUUACAUUUAUUGGAGUUAUAUCUGCUUGUAGCCGUUGUGGAUUUCUGAAGGAAGGAUUGAUGCAUUUUGAGUCUGUAACUUUAAAGUAUGGAUUGGAGAAGACUUUCAGUCAUUAUGCUUGCAUUGUUGAUCUCCUUGGGAGAGCAGGGGAAGUAAGAGAAGCUGAGAAGUUGAUUUUUGAAGCGCCGUUUCGCUCGAAAACGUUGCUGUGGAAAACAUUGCUCGGUGCUUGUAGUAAGUAUGGGAAUGUUGAGGAUGGGAAUAGGAUAGCUGAAAUGGUGAUGAGAUUAGAGCCAGAUGAAGCUUCAAAUUAUGUUAUGUUGUCAAAUAUUUACUCAUCUGCUUCAAUGUGGGAUAAGUCUAGUGAGUUGAAGAAGAAAAUGGGGGAAGGGAGUUUGAAGAAAACUCCUGGGUGUAGCUGGCUACAGGUGGACCAGAUCAUUGUUGCUUAUUACAACACUUUGAGUAACUGUUUGCCUUCAGGUUUAAUGGCCCAGCAGUGUGCGUCCUUUGGGCUGGAUCCAAUUAAUCUACAUGAAGACUCUUGGACUGCCUCUAGGCCUAUAAGAAGCACAGGACCACACUUUGAGAACGUAUUGCAUACUCUGCCAGAAUUCAUUGGCCUGGCCUGA